UUCAGCGAUUUGUCCACCUGCAAUGGAACGUGCACGCGCGGACACGCUUGUGAUAACUGGUGGAUGUGGUUAUUUGGGCUACCGCCUGGCAUGUUCCGUCCACACAAAAGGAGCCAAGAUCAUUCUUUUUGACACAGUUCCUCCUCCAAAUGAAGAGAUGCCGGAGGACUUUACGUUUGUUAAAGGGGACAUACGGGAGUAUGCACAAGUCGAGGAGGCUGUCGCUGGCGCCGACUGUGUGUUCCACAUUGCCUCCUACGGCAUGUCCGGCAGAGAGCAGCUGAACCGCCAUCUGAUUGAAGCGGUGAAUGUCCGAGGCACAGAGAACGUCCUGAGGGCCUGCGUCGAGCAUGGAGUGUCCAGGCUGGUUUACACCAGCACCUUCAACGUGGUGUUUGGAGGCCAAGAGAUAGAGAACGGGGAUGAAAGCCUCCCUUAUCUACCUCUCCAUCUCCAUCCGGACCACUACUCCAGAACAAAGGCGCUGGCGGAGAUGGCAGUGCUGAAAGCCGACGGCACGGCACUGAAGGACGGCUCCGGGGUGCUGAGAUGUUGUGCGCUGCGUCCUGCAGGAAUCUACGGGCCCGGCGAGCAGAGGCACCUGCCCAGGAUAGUUGGCUACAUAGAGAAGGGCAUCUUCAGGUUUGUUUACGGUGACCCCAGCAGCCUGGUGGAGUUUGUCCAUGUGGACAACCUAGUCUCGGCACACAAGCUGGCCGCCGAGGCGCUGACCUCAGAGAAGCAGCACCGCUCUGCUGGCCAGGCCUACUUCAUCUCAGACGGAAGGCCUGUCAAUAAUUUUGAAUUCUUCCGACCUCUGGUAGAGGGCUUGGGCUAUCCUUUCCCCAAACUGCGCCUUCCUGUCUCUCUCGUCUACUUUGUGGCCUUUCUCACAGAAAUGAUCCACCACCUCAUUGGGCCCUUCUAUAACUUCCAGCCGCUGUUGACGCGCACAGAGGUGUAUAAGACUGGCGUGACGCACUACUUCAGCAUGGCUAAGGCCGAGGCGGAGCUCGGUUAUGAGCCCCAGGAGUACGACCUGGAUGAGGUGGUUCAAUGGUUCAGAAGCAGAGGCCAUGGGAGAAAAUCUCACAGCUCCGCCCUCAGUCGAUGGCUUUUAGACAUCCUGUUUGUUUCUGCCUUUGUUGCCGUGGCUCUCUCUUUUCUUCCAUUUGUUGGCAGUUGAAAGACAGCUAAAGCAAAAAUGACAGAUUUUUAUAAAAUGACGAAAAAACAGUAUACCCCCCCCCCCCGCUUUUUAUACUGUAAUAUCCAUAAUUUAUAAUAAUAAGCUAAUUCUGUUUUGAUUUCAUAUUGGACAGUAUGUGUCAAAUGCUACCCAUUUUUUUUUACAAAAUACCCUAACACAGACAUGCAUUUUUGGAGUUGUGAUAUGCUGACGAAUGAUUGAUCUGAAACCUGCAAUAAAUAAACAAU